AUGUCGAAACAACCGACAUUCGACAGGUGCGACGUAGUGUCGGCACAUGCAGGACCCAAUGUCUUCCCAAACUUCUUCCUCUUCAGUCGCCUCGUCAGGCUCGCUCAGAAACCGCUGGUCGCCGUCCGCGAUAUAACCUUCGGCUUCACUGCGACAUUCACUCAACUUCUGACCGACGUUCUGUGCCUUCGAAACGCAUUGCAACAACAAUUUGGAGCUGGUCUUCUCGCGAAAAUCGAGGAAGAGGAGGUUUUCGUCUUAUUGCUCGGCCCUGGUGGAUAUGAGUUCGUCGUGGGUUUCCUGGCGCUGAUAGCGCUGGGCGUAGUGGUUGUGCCAAUCUCACCGGACUUACCAGUCAAAGAAGCACUCUACUUUGCGACCAAAUCAAAAGCCAUAGCGGUGUUGACAGCAGACAAAUGUCUGAAGCUGGGUGAGGGUCUCGAGGCUGCAAUGGUCGAUGGAGACUCAAGCCAGACGUUUCGAUCGAUUAGAAUUCGACCUUUCUUGAUGAACACGCCGCUACCGUCGGAAGACUUUCAGGUGUCCUCUGAUAGGUACAUGGACCUCAACAAGUCUGCCUAUGUGAUAUUCACGUCAGGCACAACCGGUCCGCCAAAAGGCGGAGUCAAAAGGCGAGGCUUCCUCUACGACGUUGCAACACAGUUCGCAGAUCAACAUGGCAUUUGCGAGGGUGAUCUCGUUCUCCACACGCUGCCUGUACACCACGCAACAGGCAUCACAGUCACACUCUUACCUUUCCUAUGGGCAGGAGGGACUAUCGAGUUCAAGAGCGGCGGCUUCGAUACAGCUUGGACCUGGGAACGAGUCAAGAAAGGUGACCUCGAUGUCUUCAGCGGAGUGCCCACCAUCUACAUGAGACUCAUGCAAUACUACGAACAAAACCUGCGCCAAACAUCGACAGCUGAAGAAUACGUCCAAGGAGCCCGCCGAAUCCGCGCCAUGCUUUGCGGGACAAGCGCCCUGCCCCGACCACUGCAACAAAAAUGGACUGCACUUCGAAACGGUAUCCCCAUCCUCACACGCUACGGCGGCACAGAGUUCGCCAACGUCUUUGGCGUCACACCCUGGCUCGCUCAAGGACACAUCCCCGACGGCUCCGUAGGAAUCAAGUCUCCCGGCAUCGACCUGAAGCUCACAAAUGGCAACGAAGGCGAAGUCCUCGUCCGGAGUCCAAUCAUCUUCAACAAAUACCUAUUCGACGACCAAGCGACCAUAGCGUCCAUGGACGAGGAGGGAUACUUCAAGACAGGAGACAUUGCGCGAAAAGAAGGAAAGUUCUACUGGAUCCUUGGACGCGCGUCGAUUGAUAUAAUCAAGUCCGGUGGGUAUAAGUUGUCAGCGUUGGAUAUCGAGAGGGAGAUUCUGGGGUUGGAGUACGUCUCUGAAGUUAUGGUCGUCGGCGUCGAAGACGAGGAGUAUGGACAGCGGGUCGCUGCGGCGAUAGUCCUUCGACAAGAUCUGAAGGAGCAUUUGACGAUUGAUGAAUUGCGAGGUGAUCUGAGGAGAAAUCUCGCUGGGUAUAAGAUGCCGACUCUGCUUCGGAUCGUCCCUGAGUUGCGGAAGAAUACGACGGGGAAAGUCAUGAAGAAAGUCCUGGUGAAGGAGAUGUUUCCUGUUGAGGGGCAUCCUGAUGUUCAGCGGUGGUCGUCGCCGAAGAAGGCGAGCAAGCUCUAA